AAAUUUACCUAUUCUUGGCCGAGUGUUCCCUUUGUAAAUGGAAGUUCUGGAAGGCAGGCAGGUAGAGCAUAUAUAGUAGUAGUUGUUCUGCUCCUCUGAUCUCAACUCGCUCCGCGCCUCGUAGUCUGCAAUGCAAUAACGACUCAUCCUUGAAAAGUCACAAUGCGAGUCCUCCCCAUUCUUCUCUCGUUGGGAUUGUUUGGAGGAGCCAUUGCUCAGCAAUGCGCUGGCAGUUGGUACCUCGAACCGGACGACUGCAUCUGCAUGAGAAGCACCGAUGGAGCCCUGCUCAAGGCCCAGACGCUGGCUUGCUGCAAGUCAAUGGGCUACCGGACUUAUGAUAAUAUCUGCGCGGUGGAUAGGGACCAGAGACAAAACUUCAAGGACUGCUGCAAGGGCUUGAAGCAGGAGAGCGUCAUAGGUCACUGCCGCUGAGAGCUUCGAAGACCAGGAGCCAUGGCCUUGCUAAGUCGCUGCCAUGGUGGAGCAGGAAGGGACGUUUGGGAGAAGCGAGAAACGAACCAAGGAGAAGCUCUAAUGCAUUGCCAAUUGACCUAGGUAUAACCUAGGGUUGAGGGCAAUUUUGCGCAUCAACUUCAUUCUGAGACGCAAUUUGAUCAUUUAUAAUCAGUUUUGCAUCAAAACCAAACAUUGCGCGGUGACUCGGUGAGGGACUCAGCUGUGCUGAAGAAUUGAAGUUGUCAGCGAUGGUCCCACUUCAAGUUCAAGCAACCUGGAAAUGUCGGCGUUGUGGUCUGUGCGUCUGCUGGU